AUGUCAUAUUCCCAAAAAGAAAUAACUCGCCCUAGCAAAACCAUUGAGAAAAUCCCUAUUUUUGAGAAAAUCGACCUUUAACAACUAUUAAUGCCAAGGAGGGGUAAGAAGAUUAUCAAGAAGACUAACGCAGAAAAGAUCGAAUGCCGAUAAAACUGAUGGAAUCUCAUAUAUCCCUCCAUCCAUUUGUGAAAUUGUGAAUAUUUUGAAAACAAACCCAUCUAGUAGGACCCAGAAUUUUUUAAAUACGUUGGCUGAUCUUACAAGAGACAUUCCUUUCUUUAAAAAUAUUUGUGCUGAACUAGAUGAAAAUGCUCACAAAAUGUGCUGCCAAUAUAUACCAAUGACAUUUAUAAAGAUGGGCUAUUUUCUUAUAGAUGAUAGAAUAGUGGGAAAUUAACUAUCAUAGGUAUAUGAAAUAUUGCACCUAUAACGAAGGAGAAAUUAUUUUUAAUGCAGGAGACGUCGGCGAUCAAUUUUUCAUUAUUUUAUUAGGAGAAGUAAAAAUUUUUGUCCCAACCAAAACCGAAGACGAUCAAGAGAUUAUGACCGAAGUUGCAACUUUAUCUGAAGGCAAAGCCUUUGGAGAGCUUGCUUUACUAAAAGACCAACCCCGAGCAGCCACGAUUAUGUGCACCCAAAAGUCUCAUUUUGCAGUUCUCGGAAAAAAAGACUACUUACGUAUUCUUGGAAACUACCAGACCUGAAAACUUGAAGAGUUCAUCAGUUUUCUUUCAGCGUUGCCAGCUUUUGCUUCCUGAAGCAAGUCUCAUUUGGCUGCUUUAAGCUACUAUUUUUCGUUAGCCACAUAUACAAAAAAUCAAAUCAUAUAUAGGCAGGGGGAGCCAUCAGACGGCGUUUAUAUUGUAAAAAGUGGAGAAGUUGUCCUAAGCCAAGAUAUCGUGGUCUCAAAAAACGCAUUUUCCGAAAUAGACGACAAAGGCAGAAAAAUUCAAAUUUUGAGAGGAAAAUUGCAUAGAACUUAUCAGGCCAGCUUAGCUAUAAAAACAAAAGGAGAAAUUUUUGGCGAAGAAGAAGUCAUGGAUAACCUGCCAAGAAUUAUGAGCUGCAGAUGCUAUACAACUAGAGCUGAAAUUUAUGUGAUUUCUCAGCUGGAGUUCAAGAGGAGGAUAAAAUCAGAAGACUCGCUGCUUCAUUUCAACGAAAAAAAUAAAGUGAAAAAAUUAGUGAGAGACAAGGUUUCCAGCUCUAUAAAGGAAACACACAUUAAAGAAUUCGAUAAGUCUUUUCACGGAAACAGGAGCAGGUUUUCUGUAUGAGAAACCAACGAAAUGAGAGAAGAUGAAUUAUUGUCUAUCAGAAAAGCCAAUCAACGAAGAAAUAACUCACUUCUAUUUAUGAGAAUGAAAUCGCCCGAACAAACUUUGACAGACACAAAAAGUCCAUUUAAAACAGCAGUCAAACCUCUCAGCUUGGGCUUUCCAGCUGACUCAGCCAGUUUUACACAGCUGUCAGUAAAUAAUACAAGUCUUGCCUCACAAACCUCAGGAAUGAUGAAUGAGUGCGCAAAGACUUUUACGAAUCUUAGAACGAGGAAAAUGAAUUUUUCAAGGAUGGAUGAAGCAGAAGUGUCAGAUGCAGUCAGCAAAGAUAAAAUUAUUCAUAAAAAGCUGUGGGACUGCAGCAUAUUAGGCACAGAAAGGAAAUUCAAGCUGAGGAUGCUAAAGAAACUGCGAUAA